AUGCGCCCGCGCAGAGAAAAAGGGAACAGACACAAAAGAAAGACAACGAAGAGGAGCAAAUUACAUUCGAAAUCGCAUUGUAGUCGCUUCUUGUAUAUCCGUAAUGGAAAGAACAGUAUAGAAGCUUCGGACAUAGAAAGCUUUAAUAAUAUUAUUCGCGAUCAUAAAAGUCACGCGAAAUACGUGAAAAGAACCUGGAAGGUGGUCCCUAAGGACUCAUGUGAGGUAUACAAAGACAGGCGUAAACGAAAAGUUGAAGAGAACUCUAAAAAGAAAGGGAGCCGUGAGACUGUGGGGGAACCUGAUGGUAGAGAUGAGCAAAAACCCGUGAAAAAAAGGGCUAAGAGGCGUCCCUUAAAGAGAGAUAGUCGUGGGUGCGUACCUACGUUGUUAUAA